AUAAGCAAGCAAGAAACAAAUGAGUCCCCGUAGGGGUAGCGAAAUAAAAAGAAUGUUGGCGGAUAGACAUCUACAAAACGCCAGUAGAAGCCCGACGAAAGGUUAGAAGCUGAGAUAAAGAAGACCAGCAUAAAACCGAUAAAGUAUCAGCACAGAAAAGAAAAAGCAAACAAAACGGAAGUCAUUUUCGGUUUUUGAAAAUGGAGACAUGAGGGUACGCAUCGACUAGACAAGACAAAGGCGGGAAUCCGAAUAGCUCACACGUUCACGGACGAAGAAUACAUCUAAGAAAAAAGAAACAACGCCCGAAAGACAACGAAGCAGGCCGAAAGUACAAUAAAUGGACGGCAAGAAGCGAAAGGAAAAAAAAAAGAAAUAUUGAAAAGGCGCGCGUGGCUCAGAGGCCGGAGGGCUUGACUCGAAAGGAGAGCGAGGGGUUCGGUUUGCGGGGAGCGAGAAAAGGAAGAAGGGGGAGAGGAGGUUUGGGGCGCUCUUCCCUGACAGCCGCCGCGCCCCCUUUCUUGUUCUCCCUCGGCGUCCCGUUCAGCCCGGUUCCCGAAUCAAUCGCGCUCCGGCCCCAGUAGCGGCGGCGAAGCCGGUCCCCCAAAAGCGCGGAGGGUGCAGCAGCAGGAGCAGCUCCUUUCCUCUCCCGGCGCAGCCCGCCACUUGCAGAGUGUCACUGGCGCCCCGUCCGGGCCCGUCCGCAGCGAGGGAGCGCAUGGCUCUCGCUCCGAUGACCGCGGCCGCUUCCACUUGCGCACUGUAAUGAUUGUACGGCUGCCAGCGCCACUGCUGCCUUCUCGACGUCGCAGUGUUAAGUGUGCCGCCGCUGUCGCGGCGGAAGCUGUGCUCUCGCCGGAGGGAUUGUUCCGUUCUCGUCUCGGUCCCGGCGUUCCCCGUGCGCGUCACCGCCGUUCGCGUGCCCGGCCGCUCUGGAGCACCUGCUCGCAGCGGCCACGAGCUUGAACCAUGGAUCCGUCGUCGCACGUGCUCGGUUUGCCGACGACGCUCUGCUGGCCGCGCCGGCUCUGCUGUCGCGGCCGCAAGGAUUGCGUCCCCGUACUCGGCAGCUGGCUUCUUAUCUGGCUGUCACUUGCCGCUCGUCCCGCUCGGAGCAGCCCACAGGGCCUGGGUCCCCGACUUCUGGAACCCCUGCUGUCGGAGCUGCGCUUCUCCAACACGACGGGUGCAUCGCUCAACUGUGCCGCCGCGGGUCAGCCUCCGCCGAGGGUCACGUGGUUGCGCGAGGGUGCCGAGGUGGAGCCACUGGAAGGACUGUUGAUCCUGCUUCCCAACGGCACGCUGCGAUUCCCACCGUUCGCAGCGUCGCAGUUUCGCCAGGAGGUGCACGGCACCACCUACCGGUGCAGAGCGGAAAACAUUUUCGGGGCCGUCCUAAGCACGGAAGUGCGCGUGCGAGCAGUCGUAGAGCAAUACUACGAAGUGCAAGUGUACGACGAAUUCACCAUCGCUGGAAACACGGCCGUUCUCCGAUGUCACGUACCAUCCUUCGUGCGGGACGACGUGGUCGUCGUCUCGUGGGAGCAGAAGAUUGCCGACAAGGCCAACGUCGUCACCAACGGUGGUCGCAUGAGCGUGUUUCCUAGCGGAGAGCUGCAAGUACGCCGAGUUCAACAGUCUGACGCUUCCACCGAGUUCCGCUGUCGUACCUGGCACCGGCUAACUGGAGAAACAAAGCUCAGCUCCUACGGCAGGCUCGUCGUGACAGAUCUGAAAGUGAACGUGCCUCCUCGGAUCACAAAUGUGCGAUCUUCUGUGGUGGCGAACGAAGGCGACUCCGUGGAACUACCUUGUGCAGCCCAAGGCUACCCUCCUCCCAAAUACCUGUGGGAGAGACUGACGACGGCCGACAACGCCAGCCCGCACCAUCCCGUCGUCGUGGGAAGCUCGAGGCACGAACCCUCCGAAGGGUCGCUGCUGAUCCGCAAGGUGGAAGCGCAAGAUGCCGGCAAAUACCUGUGCCUGGUCACCAACGCGGUGGGCGAGGAGCGGGCCACCAUCACGCUCGACGUGCGAUCUCCCGUGGAGGCACGUCUAGUGCCCGAGGUUCUGACCGCGCACGUGGGCCAGCCGGCAUCCCUGCGUUGCGUGGCGGCGGGCCAACCCACGCCCCUGGUGCGAUGGUACAAGGACGCGCGGGAGCUGCUCGACGACGGAGCGCGCGUUCGCCUGCUCGAUGACCGGCGCCUCGUGCAACUGACCCCAGUGGCCGCCCAGGAUGGGGGCAUAUACCAGUGCAUGGCCUACAACGUGCUUGCGCAGGCGCAGGCAUCGGCGCAGCUCAUUCUCGGAGACACCGCUCCAGUUCUACUGGAGUCGCCCAAGGACUCUAAAGUGAAGCCCGGUGAUUCCUUGCUCCUGAAGUGUGAAGCCACAGGUUCACCGGCUCCCAAGAUAACGUGGAACGUCGAUGGAAUUCCAGCUCGUCACAUGAAAUCUAGCAGGGUUGACAUCAGCGAGGCCUCUCACGGCGAGAACCACCUGGCGAGCUACGUGAACAUCUCCCGCAUCCGGACCGACGAGGCCGGUGUCUGGCGGUGCGUAGCCGUCAACUCGGCUGGCGCGGCAGAGGCGACGGCGCGCGUAGCCGUGCGGGGACCGCCCGCCGUGCGGCCCUUCGGAUCCAACCGCACCGCCGUGGCCACCGAGACGCUGGAGAUGCACUGUGCGCUGCUCACGUAUCCGCUCAGAUCGCUGCACUGGGAGAAAGACGGGCGUAAACUGCCCUUCCACCACCGCCAGAAGGUGUUUGCCAACGGCACCCUGCUGGUUCUGGACACCACUGUCCAGGACGCAGGAAAGUACACCUGCGUGGCGGCCAACGAGGAAGGCCAGACAGCCAGCGCUAGCCUGCACGUCGCCGUGAAAGUGCCCCCGCUGAUCGAGCGCUUCGCCUUCGACGAGAACCUGCACGAGGGCAUGCGCACUCGUGUCUACUGCAACAUCGCCCACGGUGACCCGCCCGUGCGCAUCACCUGGCUCCGCGACGGGCAGCCCAUCAAGUCCGGCCCCGGCCAGGAGGUGCGCGUGCUCGACCCCUUCUCGGUGGCGCUGGCCAUCGACAGCCUGAGCCCGAGCCACGACGGUAGCUACACGUGCGUGGCCUCCAACGCGGCGGCCACGGUCAACUACACGGCGCCGCUCAGGGUGCAUGUUCCCCCGCAUUGGAUCAAAGAGCCGGCGGAAACGUCAGCCGUGGAAGGCCACAGCGCGAGCAUGGACUGCGUCGCCGAUGGCCACCCAACACCAAGGGUCACCUGGCACAGAGGAGUUGAGCCAAGCGCCACGGAAUAUCGACAGAUUCUCAGCGGCCCCGACUACCAAGUUUUCGAGAAUGGCACACUACGCGUGGCGCAGGUGCGGGUCUCGGACCGCGGUUCGUACCUGUGCCAAGCCAGCAACGGCGUCGGCACAGGACUCAGCACCGUCAUCACGCUCAACGUCCAUGUGCCAGCGCGCUUCGACGAGUCGUACCGGAACCAGACCGUGCAGCGGGGUCACAGCGUUGGCCUCGAGUGCAGAGCCUCCGGCGACGCGCCCAUCACCAUCAGCUGGAGCCGCAACGGGCGCCGACUGGACACUCACAAAUUGAGAGGCUCGCGCGUGAAGAACAAGUCUCUGCCGGACGGGCUUCUGUCCACCCUGUCGCUGCCCGGAGCACAGCGGGAGCACUCGGGAAUAUACGUGUGUGAAGUGGCCAACAACUACGGGCAGGACGAGACGCACAUCCGGCUCAUCGUGCAAGAACCUCCAGAAGCGCCUCCCGGUUUCAACGUGACCAGUGUCAACAGUCGAUCGGCGAGCCUGACAUGGGGAGAGCCAUACAACGGGAACAGCCCCAUUCUUUCCUAUCUCAUCCAGUACAAGAACGCCUCUGCGAGCUGGUCGGCGGACGCGGGCUCACGGGUCCGCAACGUGAGCGCGGGCCGUGACCAGACCUCGUGGACCGUGCGCAGCCUGCAGCCAUCCACCGCCUAUCACCUGAGGUCGGCCGCGGUCAACGCUCUUGGCGUGGGGCCUUUCACCGAGCCGCCCCUGCUGAUCACCACCGACGAAGAAGUGCCUGGAGGUCCACCAACACAUGUUUCCGUCCAGACGUUAGGUCCACAGUCCCUUAAGGUCACCUGGAAGCCGCCGGUGCCCGAGCUUCGUCACGGCCGCAUCAGGGGCUACUACGUCGGCUACAAGCUGCACAACUCCAGCGACCUGCACCUGUACAAGACGGUCGAGAGCAGGACGGAGGAGGGCGACGACCCGGAGGCGGCCGGCGAGUGCGUGCUCAGCAACCUGCGAAAGUUCACCAAGUACAGCGUCCUGGUGCAGGCGUACAACGCCGUCGGCGCCGGACCGCGCUCCGACGAGGUCAUCGUCUACACCGCGGAAGACGUGCCUCAGGUGGCCCCGUCGGGUGUCCACUGCUCGGCCAGUUCGGCGACGAGCCUGCGCGUCUCGUGGGCACUGUUGCACGAGAAAAGUUUGGACGGCCUCCACAAGGGUUACCGCGUCCUCUACAAGCUGAUCGACCAUAGCUUUUAUGCCUCGGAAGAAGUCGAGACGGCGUCGUCCCAGGCGCCCUCCUGGACCGAGCGCGACGUGCCCCCCGACGCCACGUCGGCCGUGCUGGCCGGCGUGGAGCCCUUCCGCAACUACAGCGUACGCGUGGCCGCCCGCACUGGCGCGGGCACGGGAGCAUUCAGCGAGCCCGUGCACUGCAGCACACCGGAGGACGUGCCCGAGGCACCUGCGGACAUCAAGGCACUGGUGCUGGCGCCAGACGCCAUCCUGAUCAGCUGGCUUCCACCACCCAAGGCAAAGGGCGUGCUCCAGCGGUACACCGUGUACAGCCGGGUGCAUGCCCACGCGCCUAACCAGCAGGCGUCGGGCGGUGUGCCUGCGCGACCGGUGUCCGUGCCGUCAUCCCAGUUCUGGCACGAGACCCGCGGCCUGCGCACGGGACAGCGCUACGAGUUCUGGGUCACCGCGUCCACCGGCGCCGGCGAGGGACCGGCCACGCGCAUCGUCACCCAGAGUCCAGAAGUGCGGGCUCCCGCGCGCAUAGCGUCGUUCAGCCGGGAGGUGAGCGUGGCUUUGAAGCAAGAUCUCGAGCUUCCCUGCAGGACAGCGGGCCAACCGACGCCAGUGAGAGAGUGGCGGACAAGUUCCGGAGCUCUGCGGGAUAGUGAACGCGUGCGCGUGCUCCCAUCGGGCACACUGCACAUCGAGGCAGCCGAAGCAAGGGACGCCGCCAACUACAGCUGUCACGCGCACAACCUGUACGGAAGGGACGCUGUCCACUACGCCGUCCGGGUGCACGUGAACAUAUCUCAAAAAUCUCCCCGGAGGCCUGCCUCCGUGAGCGUGCUGUCGACGACGUCCAAUAGCAUCACGCUGGGCUGGCUCAACAGGAACACCGCCAAGGGAGCGAACGUGCCCAAGGUCAAAGAGUACGAGGUGCACUACAAGAGGCAGCAGGGCUCCUGGGACCUGGUGCGCGUCGCUCCUCCGCAGCCAAGGCCUGGCGGGGACGCUGCAGCACGAGACACCCCCUCGACGUCCAGGCUGGCCACGGCCACCCACGUCAACGGCAGCUGGUUGGCCCACGAGCUGAGCGGCCUGUCCUGCGGCACGCAGUACCACAUCUACGUCGUGGCUGUGGCUGACAGGGGUCGCAGCGAACCCAGCGACACCGUGUUCGCAAGGACGCAGGGAGGAGUACCCACCUCGCCCAAGCGGGAGGCGUUCGUGACGCCCAACGCAAGUUCACUGACCCUUCGUCCGUCCUCCUGGGCGUCCGGUCCGGCCGGCUGCCCCGUGUCGCACCUUGCCGUCGAGUACAGGCCUCGCGACGGCACGGGUCCCUGGACGGUUGCUUCGCGAGCCCUGCAACCUCGCGAGGGCCCCAUGACACUGCACCACCUGCGGCCAGACACCUGGUACAACCUGCGCGUCACGGCGCACACCGAGGCCGGCACAACCUCGGCCGAGUACGCCAUCCGCACGCUGCCGGCUUCGGCCACUCUUGCAGGCACCGUCCUCCCCGAGUUGAUGGUGGUGAACGGUGGCGGUGGCGCGGACGGCGACUUGCCACUGUUGGUUCCCAUCGCCACCUCGCUCAGCUUGGCUCUGGCCGCCGCCACCCUGGUGCUGGGCUACGUCUGCUGCAGGAGGCGUGCGGAGCCUGCCUUCGCCAAGGAUCACGAGGGCCACCCAGCGGGAGGAGGCGGCCGCAGUGCCAGCAAUGACACCCUUGCCGAGUCGGCGCUAGUAAAGCGUUCCAGCAUCGACAACGUCCUCUCGACGCUCACGUCAGCGUCCGGCCGCCAGGGCUCGUCCUGCCUGGCCUCACCGGGACGCCAUUCCGUGGUCGCGCCCGCAGCCACGCCCACGCAAGGUUCAAUUGAUGACAUAUCAGGGUAUGCACCGUUUCCAGAAACUCAAAUAAAGUCCAGAAUAGUGCUCAAGAAAACGCAGGAACAACCUGUGGCAAAUACAAGAACGAAGAGGCCGUUUUCAAUACAUAAUCUCGCUGGCAAUGAUGAUGCACAGAAAGGAGACAAGGGAGCCGAAGCCACCCACACGCCAACAGCACAGUUCAACCACUACGACAACCCAAAAGCGACGAAAGCUGCAGGCUGUACCAAGAAGUGGCAGCACCCGGCCGAGAAAGGCAGUCGGCCCUAUGUGAUACCACAGGAAAAUAAGUCCACCCUGGAAAUGGAGACUGAAGGAGACGAGUCACCACGGUGGUCACGAUCCCGAAGAAGCAACAGUAACUUCGCAAAUUCGGGAUCCACCAUGGUAGAGAAGACAUACUUCUUUAGCGGAGAAGAACUUCGCAGUGAUGUACAAGCAUUUUGCGUGGCCCUCUCCCCAAGAAUGGCAAUGGAGUAUGCAUCAGAAGAAAUCAAGUUUUCUUAGAAGUGCAGGUGUCUUACAAAC